CUUUUAAGUUUAACUAAAGAAUCUUAUUUUGAAAUUUAAGUUUUGCGCACACAGUCAUUUUUUUCUGGAUGGAUUAAAUUUCAUCUUACGAAAUGGAAUUCAUUCUUUAGAUUUUAAACUCAAUUUUAUUUAUCAAAUCACUUCUUUUCUUUCGUUGUCAACAACUUAUCUAUCGUUUACCCUUCAUAUACUUUAACCUAGCCCCUUCCAUCGUCUAAUAUAAAUCCUACAAUCCAAUAUGGCUGAUAUACCUGUGAUGAAUGCCGUUGUUGCACAAGAAGCAUUCGGAACCGCUGGAAAUGUCACUAAUGAACCAGGUAGAAAUGAAAUGAGUUAUAAUAAAGAACACCAAGAUCAAAACAGUUCCGAUAAUGAUUCAGAAACAUCAUCCUUCAACGACGAUGCUCAUUCCGGUUAUGAAAGAGAAUCAAAUGAAUGUACCGAAUUUUGUAUUGAAUUCUUUACUUGUUUUGGAUUAUUUAAUGCUUGUUGUCCUGCUAAUGGUGAAGGUUGUAUUACUACUUCUGCUACAUUCUGUGGAAACAUUUUGUUUGCGUGUUGUAAGUGCUAAUAUUACUACUAAUGUUAAUACCAAUGUUAAUAUAAAUCCAACGACUGGUCGAUAAUAAUAUUCCUUAUCAUAAUAAUCAUCAAUUUCAUUUUACUUCACCUCAUUUAAUCAUUUCUCAUUCAUCCAUUAUCUAUUCAAUCAUCUUCUUACAUAUCUACAAUUAUGAUACAGGAUCUAGUCAAUAUCUCUGGAAAAUAUUAACUUUGUCAUGAGUAACUCAGAUUAGCAAAACUGCCCCCUUCUCAAAACUAACAUAAAAAAACCACAAAAUAAACAUCUAUUGUUCAUACAUUUACACAAGUACCACGGUAAUUGGUACAAGAUACAAUUAUUCAUUCUCCUAGUUUUAGUUAUUUACUUUCUAUACUUACCUAUUUAUUAAUUCCAUGCAAAUAUCAUUCUAUAAAUGACAACCUUAAAGUUUUAAGGCGUAGUUUGUGUUUACUGAUGUAAUGAGGCUUUACGUCGUAUCCAGCGAUGCUA